GGCAGUGGCGCCCCAACACGCGCAGCGCACGUCCAGCGCGCAUCGCAGCCGCUCUCCUUCCUUCGGGGCGGGUGGAGAGAUCGGGACCGGGACACACCUCUCCAACCCACGCAUGCAUCCCUCGCUCCGGCUCUGAGCCUCCUCCUCCUCCCCGCCAUGUCCACGGCCGUCACGGAGACGGAGGAGUCUGCGCGCAGCUCCCCGCUGACCCCGCUGAAGCUGGUCGGGCUGGUGUGCGUCUUCCUGGCGCUCUGCUUGGAUGUGGGAGCCGUGAUGAGUCCUGCGUGGGUGACGGCCGACGACCAGUACUACCUGUCUCUGUGGGAGUCCUGCUGGAAACCGGGCAGCUAUGAGAAGUGGCAGUGCAGCAGCACGCUGGUCUCAGACUGGCAGGUUGCCACGCUAGCCCUGUUGCUUGGAGGCGGAGCCUUGGUCUUGAUGUCAUUUCUAGUGGCUUUGGUUGCCGUGUGCAUCGGUACAAGACGGCGGUUUUACGCUCCUGUUGCCUUCAUGCUUUUUGGAGCAGUUGUCCUCCAGGCCUGCAGUUUGGUCCUCUUCCCCAUCAAGUUCAUCGAAAGCAUCAACCUGAGGAUCUAUCACGAGUUCAACUGGGGCUAUGGACUAGCCUGGGGAGGGACCAUCUUUUCCUUUGGUGGGGGAAUCCUCUACUGCCUGAACCCCAAGAGUUAUGAGGACUACUACUGAUUCUAAUUAAAACUGCAGACUUCACAGCUACAUGGUGGCAAAGACGUACACAUGGGAGGCGAAUUCCCUGGAAGUGUUGGAAAUAGUGAGCAUCAGAUUCCAGCGGCCAAAUAUAUUAUCUGAAUCUUUGACCUUUGGAAACAAAACAAAUGGUCAAGAGAUUACUCUUCAUGCCUUCGUCAAAAGAAUUGUGUUUGUUGUUGAUGUGGAUUCAUAGCUGGACCAUCUUAGAAGAUCCUCAUCCUGGUAGGGAUUGGGGCUGGUUUAUAGAUGGCUUACUGCAAAGACUUGCCAUACAACCUUUAGAAAUACACCGAUGAUAAUUCUGACAACUCUGUCUCCAUUCUUGGCUUCAAAACCCACCUUUUUGACUUAAUUUGAAAAUUCAUGCAUGCAGAUACUUAAUUGCUUGACUGGAUCUCUUAAAAUCUCUUCACUCCCAUCUCCAGCGUCAUCAUCUAAUCAACAGCUUUGUACCGUUUUUUUUUUUUUUUUCAGAAUCCUUUGGCGUCCCUGAACUUCUGUAAAGACGUAGAAAUUGAUCAUAUCCUUAUAACUUCUCAACAGACAGACUCUUCCUGGAGGAAGGUGAGGGCAGAAAUAAAAUAAAGUAAGACACCCACUCAAUAUUCCGUUAUCGACCCACUUGUCUGUUACCCUGGCAACCUACUGGGAGUGCACAUGCAGCUGUCAUGAUUGAUUACCCACGGUCGGGGGUUGUAAGACAGUACGGCCCCUUGAGGCCUUCAAGCGUCUUUGAUUGCCCAUCGAACAGAGUUUCUCCAACCACCUGUCAGCCGGUGUACCGCUUCCCCUCCGGUAAUUCUCAUUGUGAAAAGGGAAUGUUGCCAUUACUCACAAUAUUUCGGCCCGUCAGUGGUCAGGUUUAUAUGCAUAACAGCUGUGUGAUAAAGAAGGAAUGUUCUGAAUAGAUUCAUGUAAUUUUGCACUCAUCUGAUGGAGAUUCCUGGGGGCAUUCAUACCUUGUCUCGAGUUCUGAUUGUGUUGGGUGGUUAAAGGAUGGUUUGGCUCAGAAACAAAAACAAUUUUUUACUAUUUCAGAGAGAAAGUUGCCCCAGUCCCUUCUAAAUUUGCAGAUGCUAACCAAUAAUUUACUCGUAUGUGCCUUUCUCCAGUUCAUCAUGACAUCAGGCUGUAAGUUCCAAUAUUCAAGACUAGUGCAUACAGGUAGACCAGGUAAAGCAAAAGUUAAAAAUCCCAUAUAUUUAAACUCACAAUUUGAGUCCUUUUUGUUACCACAAGAAAAAAUCUGCCAAACAUGUAAAGAAAUGUAAUACCUGGAAUAGGAAGUUGAUUUCAGUCCUCAUGGCUUGCAAAAGUGCCCCUUGAAGUUUCCAUAUCUUUCAAUGUUACGACCUCAAACUUUGUAUUUUAUUAGGUUUGCAACAGAAGAACACAAGCACUUAUUGUUAAAAAGAGGGAAAAUAACUGCAUGGUAAAAAUCAUUCAAGUAUGCCUAAUGCUGUGGUCAUAUCAAAUGCGUUUUGAGUGUCAAAAAGGUUACCUUAUCUUGGAUACUUGUGCACAUUGAUGUCAGGGGCACAUGGGCACACAGUGUGUUCGAUUGAUCUGAUGUACCUUUCCAGCCUGUUAUGUACAAUGGCAAAUGCAAUGUAGAGAGUUUUAUUACUUUUUGUGUAUUGGCUGUAAUAAGUGGGGGAAAAAGGUUUUAGGAAUUUUUGUAAGCAAGAAAGUACACCUCAAAACGUCGCCCAUGCAGUCAGUUCACCAGGAUAAUCAUCCUAUAUUCCAUAGUAGUUUUGAGUGGCACAGGACCUCAUGCAGGUGGGUUGUAUCAUUGGAAAUCUCCCUUGAUUGCUCCCUUAAGCUGGCCAAUCACUCUUGGAAUUCCAGCUGUCUUUUGCUCGGCUUGAAUUGAAUAUAACAUUUUUUUAGUAUGAGAUUCAAAAAUGCAAGUACCAGAAUAAAAAAAAAAUCAAACAUUCUUUGCUGGAAAGUUUUAAAAUGUUAAUUUAAUGCGGGUAUGAAUUAUGAACUGUUCUGCCACGGUUCAGUAGGACAAUAUUUUGUUAUUCAGUUUUUUACGCCCAAAGCUCUGCAGGAAAGUUCAUAGCUGUGUUCAGAUUUUCCAACUCCAGUGUCUGAUGUUUGGGCUCACUUUAUGUAUGUUAAAGUUGAAAGCUCACAAUUCAUCACCCCAGAAACCCUCAAAACACAAUGCAUGAGACAGUCAAAACUAUUCACAAUACUUCUUGACUCUUCUUGACAUACUGUAUGUCUGCUGUAGACUUUGCAUGGAAACAGGACGCCCCUGAUGCUCAAACGCGUUUGGUCUGAAUACAGAAUCGUAUUUAAAUGAAUUUGUUGUGAUACACUCAAAUUAAAUCAACUUUAGCUAAUUCUUCAGAAGUCCAUUAACAGUAGUUGGACUCCACUUGUGUAUAAUUUAAUCUUAGUAUGAAUGUAGCCUUUAUGUGAAGGUUGUAGAGGUUUGUUAAAGAACAUUAGCAAGCAAACUUAAUCAUUAGCAACAAAGCAAAGAACUUAACCACCACUAUGGAACAUGGUGAAAAAAAACAUGUUUUGAUUGAUUAAAAGAUUUAAUUUAAAUCCAGCUUAAUCUUGCAGAAAAACUCGAUGAAGAAGUAGAUUAGUUUGGUACCAAUAGAAAACCCUGACAUAUGCCCCAUUUACACUCCCUCUCUGAAAACCGAUCCCUGCCGAGUUCGGACCAAGUUAACCGCGCCGAGCUUGGUUCUUACGACCAUUCACACAUCACGCUAGCCCGGUUCCACUCUUCCAAUCCGCGGUCCAAAAUACUGCAGUUCUCAAGACGGGAAUCCCGCAAACAAAAAUGGCCACGCCCAUAACAUUCAGGAACUUAUCUAUCUGGACAGCGUCCCCUGCCCAAAUUUCAAUAAGAGAUGCCAUUUAUUGUUAAUAGGCUGAGAAGAAGUUCACACCGGAAAACCCGCAACAUGAGUCAGCUGUUUGUAAAUAGGAGAUGAAGCGGUCUGCUCAUUCGCUCUUUGUUAGAGAACCGGCCACAACUGCAACGCGCUCAAACUGUUGAACUAGUGCUAGAUUUAGCGUGGUUCAGUUGUGUCUGGCAUGGUCCAGUUCCGUUGCAUUUCAUUUACACUCAACAGUUAUUUAGGACCGUUCUCGGCACGGUUUGAAAAGGGUAGGGUAAAUGGGGCUAUUGACGCUAGCUUAAGUGUAGUUAGCAGCUAAAGGUUAGCCAGUCAGU